GCGGGCGGGAGCCGCACGGCGCUGUGACAGCGCACAGUCGGGCCCGCGCUCGCCGCCUGGAAGCCCAUGCCGGGCCGGAGCUGGGCCGGGAUUGCUCAUGAGGCCUCUGCCGAGCGGGAGUAGGAAGAACCGCGGCGUAUCCCUGGGGCUCCUCGCCCUCUGCCUGACCGCAGCCUGCUGUCUGCAAAGUCAGGGUGUGUCCCUGUACAUCCCCCAGUCGGCCAUCAAUGCCACGGUGGAGGAAGACAUCUUGCUCUCGGUUGAGUACUCCUGCCAUGGCGUCCCCACCAUUGAAUGGAAGUAUACCUCCAACUGGGGCGCACAGAAGAUCGUGGAGUGGAAGCCGGGCACUCAGGCCAACAUCUCCCAGAGCCACAAGGACAGGCUCUGCACUUUCGACAACGGCUCCAUCCAGCUCUUCGGCGUGGGCGUGAGGGACUCGGGCUACUACAUCAUCACGGUGACGGAGCGCUUGGGGAGCAGCCAGUUUGGCACCAUCGUGCUGCACGUGUCGGAGAUCCUCUACGAAGACCUCCAUUUUGUGGCUGUCUUCCUUGCUUUGCUCGCUGCCGUGGCCGCGCUGUUAAUCAGCCUCAUGUGGGUUUGUAAUAAGUGUGCGUAUAAAUUCCAGAGGAAGAGAAGACACAAACUCAAAGAGAGCACCACUGAGGAGAUUGAGCUGCAAGAUGUGGAGUGUUAGCCAAGGCUGCGCCCAGUUACAUUCCUACCUCAAGAGGAGAAGAGUAUUUUCCACAAAGGGCGCGAACGCGGCCAAUCCGCCCUCCCAGCCUCCUGCCGCCCGGCCGUAGCCACACGGUCCCGAGGGGACUGCGGAUGUUAGCGAAAUUGACUCCGUGGACUCGAGGAGUCUGGAUUGGACAAAGUCCGUUCUAGUGCUUGCGAGAAGCUCAAGGAGAAGCGCGCUUGAGGCUUUGGGCCAGAGCCUCGCUCGGCUCCCACUUUGCGGACCCACGCCAGUGGCCUCGUGCUGGUCCGGCCGCUUGCUGGCUACACUCGUCGCGGCCCUGGGGGUGGCCGCUGGAGGCCGCUGGAGGCAUCCCCGUGUCCAAGGCCGGAGUGGCCCCGGACCGAGUGUGCAGCCAGCAUUGGACAGGCUCUCCGUGUUCCUUUCUGCUCUGCUGGUCCCUCCAGCCUCUGCUGCGGGAGCUACUGUGAGAAAACCCGAGGCUUUUAGAUGAUCUGCCUGCCAUGCAGGGGGAGAGACUGGGCCCUAAUGAGAAAGCGCAUCAGCAGGAAACCCGUUUGGAUCUGGGCACCUGCUGGCAUCUGUGUGUGCUCUUUUACACCACCUGCUUUCCAGAACUGUGCUUCUAGCUUGUCAGAAGUCAGGGGUGGUACUCUCCAGAAUAAAAGGAGAACUGGAAAAGUGGAACCAGUGAGAGGCCUUCAUGGCAAACCCAAAUGUAAAUUAAACUGCCCCCCACCCCAAAGCUCAUGAAAAGUUAUGCCCCUGGCUUUCCAUGUCUUUAUUUUGCACUUUUAAAGCUCCCUCCAUCCUGAACAGUCUUGUGGAAAGUAUUUGAUUCCAGAGCCUGAAGUGUUUGUCUAUUUUUCAGAAAAGAAAAUCUGAAAUUCCAGAGGUUGGCCACUGGAAAUGUUAAGCUAUAAAUUAUGUUUUAAACUGUGAAAAAAAAAAUUGUUGUAAAGAACAAAAUAAAGCCUGAAAAUAAAGCCCCAGCCCUUUGUGUGUGAGCCCAGUCCUGCCAAGCGCUCAGAGGCCCUGGGUGAGGUUUCCAUCACCUGUGGGCAUUAGAAAAACCUCAGCCACAGCCAUGGGUCUGGCACCUUUUUAAUUUUAAUUUUAAUUUUUUUUCAAUAUAUGAAGUUUAUUGUCAAAUUGGUUUCUAUACAACACCCAGUGCUCAUCCCAAAAGGUGCCCUCAAUACCCAUCACCCACCCUCCCCUCCCUCCCACCCCCCAUCAACCCUCAGUUUGUUCUCAGUUUUUAACAGUCUCUUAUGCUUUGGCUCUCUCCCACUCUAACCUCUUUUUUUUUUUCCUUCCCUUCCCCCAUGGGUUUCUGUUAAGUUUCGCAGGAUCCACAUAAGAGUGAAACCAUAUGGUAUCUGUCUUUCUCUGUAUGGCUUAUUUCACUUAGCAUCACACUCUCCAGUUCCAUCCACGUUGCUACAAAGGGCCAUAUUUCAUUCUUUCUCAUUGCCACGUAGUAUUCCAUUGUGUAUAUAAACCACAAUUUCUGUAUCCAUUCAUCAGUUGAUGGACAUUUAGGCUCUUUCCAUAAUUUGGCUAUU